AUGUUUUCCAAAUGUUUUAAGUUUUAACACUAGCAAUUUCAUCUCACCUCCAAUAGAAAGAGGUUCAAGUUCGACUGUUCCAGUACUAACCCCUUUGGACACCCCAUACCCAUUUCCAUUGAGCCAUUUGGAUAGGCAAAGACAUGUUAGGGAUCACCUGUUUCUCACACCCACCAAACCCAUUUCCAAUUCGUUCAGCUCCACUAGUUUCUCCACACAACAAUCUCAGCUACCCUUCUUUGCUUCCCAAGUCCCAACCUCAAAUCCCAAGAAAAUCCACAAGAUUAUUAGUAGUAUUUGCAGAGAACAACAACAACAACAACAACAACAAUGGGUUGAGCAAAGAUCCCAAGGAGAGCAACGAAGAAGAAGAAAAAGAAGGAAUUGGGUCUAAAUCUAAUGGUGGUGGUGGUGGUGGUGGUGAUGAUGAUUUGGGGAAAAAUGGACGGCCCAUAUUUAAUAUAAGAUGGGGUGAUCUGCUGGACCCAGAUCCAGACAACAUAUUAGCCUUAGCAUUGACUGGUCUGCUGACAUGGGCAAGUGUUCAGGUGCUGUGGCAGCUCUUCUUUAUCUCAUUGGCUAUUCUUUUGGCUGCUCUUAAGUACUCUUUUGUUGCUGCUCUUCUCCUUUUUAUUCUCAUUACCCUUCUAUGACUGGGUGCUCUGCUUUGCAUUGAUUUUUUGGUUAGGAAAUUAUUAUUAUGGUAUACUUUUUUUUUUUAGACAUUGUAGUUGUGUCCAUUUAAAUUUCAUAUGUCUCACUUGGAUGUAUUUCCCAAUAGUAACGUAAUUUUUGAGCUUGUGUAUAUGAAAUUCAAAGUUUUUCAGACAUAGACUAUAGGGUCUUUUUUUUUGUUAAUGUUAAUUUCCUAUUUGUGCAAGUAUGUGUAUGCAUAUAAUAUUGUAAUGUAACUAAUGACAAUUUGGGGAAUUCCUAUGUCUGGCAAAACUUAGAUACAUUUCCUUAGUUACA